AUGUAUAUCAAACAAGUCAUUAUUCAAGGUUUUCGUUCUUAUCGUGAUGAAACAAUUUUUGAUUCAUUUAGUCCACGUUAUAAUAUAAUUGUUGGACGAAAUGGUUGUGGAAAAUCGAAUUUCUUUUUCGCAAUUCAAUUUGUAUUAAGUGAUGAAUUUAAUAAUUUAUCAGCUGAAGGUCGUUAUAAUUUAAUGCAUGAAGGUAUUAAUAGUCGAGCAUUAAAUGCAUAUGUUGAAAUUAUAUUUGAUAAUUCCGAUAGUCGAAUUAUGAUUGAUAAACCUGAAGUUGCUGUACGUCGACAAAUAAGUGGAAAAAAAGAUAAUUAUUUUCUCGAUCGUAAAGUUGUUAAUAAAACCGAUAUAAUUAAUAUGCUUGAAGGUGCUGGUUUUUCUCGAUCAAAUCCUUAUUAUAUUGUUAAACAAGGCAAAAUAACUCAAAUGGCUAUUGCACCAGAUGCUAAUCGACUUCAAUUAUUACGUGAAGUAGCUGGUACAAAAGUAUAUGAUGAAAAAAAACACGAAAGUGAAGCUAUUCUUGUUGAAACUGAGGAACGUCGAAAGAAAAUAGCAGAUUUAUUAAAAGCUAUUGAAGAACGUUUAAUAAGUCUUGAAACAGAAAAAGAAGAACUUAAACAAUAUCAAAAAUGGGAUCGAUCAAAACGUGGUUUAGAAUGUGCUAUUUGUACAAAGGAAUGUGAAGAUGCAAAAAGACGUAUUGAUGAAAUUGUAGUAAAAAUGAACAGUUCAACAAAAAAAAAUGAACAAUUAGAAACUGAUCGGCUUACUGUAACAGAAAUGAUUCAACAAACAAUAGAUUCUAUAACUGAACUUAAACAACGUUUACAAACUCAACAAAUUGAACGUGAAACAUUAAUUAUUGAUAAUAAAGAUAAUUUUCAACGUAAAGCACAAAUUGAACUUGAAUUACAAGAUUUUCAAAGUGAAACAUCACAACGUGAUACUAAACGUAAUCAACUUCGAAAAGAACUUGAAAAAUAUGAUCAAUUAAUAAAUGAAAGUGAACAAAAAUUAACUAAAAUUAUUCCUGAAUAUAAUAUAAUAAGACGACAAGAAGAACAAAAAACAGCUCAACGUGAUCUUGCUGAAGAAAAACGUAAAGAAUUAUAUGCUAAACGUGGUCGUGGAAAUCAAUUUACAUCAAAAGAAGAUCGUGAUAAAUGGAUUCGAAUUGAACUUAAAUCAUUAACUAAAGCCAUACAUGAUAAACGUGAACAAAUGGAACGUUUAAAAAAAGAUUUACAAGAUGAUACAAUAAAAUCACAUGAAAUUGAAGAACAACUUCGACAAAUUGUCGAUAAUGAAAAUGAACAAAGAACACAUAUGGAUAAUGUUAAUAUAAGAGUACGAGAUCUUCGACAAAAGAAAAGUGAUAUUGCUACUCAAAAAACAGAAUUAGCACGAAAAGAAACUCAACUACAUAUUCAAAUAAGUCAAACUCGAGAUGAAUUACGAAAAUAUCAAGAUACACUUCGAUCUAUUAUAAACAAAGGUGCAGCAUUAGGUACCGAAGGUUUACAACGUUUACUUCGUCAAUUUGCUGAUGAAAAUCGUAAUCAAGAUAUUAUAAAUGGUUAUCAUGGUACAUUAAUUGAAAAUCUUGAAUGUGAUCCAACUUUUUAUACUGCUGUAGAAGUUAUUGCUGGAAAUCGACUUAAUUAUCAUAUUGUUGAUUCGGAUAUUAUUGCAACACGAUUAGUUAAAGAAUUUAAUAGUGCUCGACAACGUGGUGAAAUACAUUUUUUACCAUUAAAUGUCUUAGAUAUACAAAAUAAUAAUUUACCAAAAAUAUCUGGUGCUUCACCAUUAAUUGAUCAACUUCAAUGGAUACCAAAAGCUGAAAAAGCAGUACGACAUGUAUUUAAUCGUAUUAUGCUUUGUGAAGAUUUUAAUUCUGCUACACGUACAGCUCGACAAUAUGAUGUUGAUUGUGUUACACUUGAUGGUGAUCAAGUUCAACGUAAAGGUGCAUUAACAGGUGGAUAUAUUGAUAAGAAAGUUUCACGUUUAGAAUUACAACAUUCAAUAAAACAAUUAAGUACAAUAUUAAAUAAAUAUGAACAAGAAUAUAAAAUAAUUCGUAAUGAAAUCAUGAAUAUUGAUAAUGAAUAUAAUAAUAUAAUGGCAGAACUUCAACGUGAAGAUAUGAAAUCAAAAAAGAAUUGGGAUAAUUAUGAACAAAUGAAAUCUGAUGCUAAAUAUCUUCAAUCAGAACUUGAUCGAAUUGUUACUCAUCGACCAGGAAAAGAACGACAAUUAAAUACACUUAUUGCAACAAUUGAACAAUUUUGUGCAAAAGAAGAAUCUUUACAAUCUGAAGUUGGUAGUGAUCUUGUUUCACAAUUAACUGUUGAUGAACAAACAACAAUUGAUAAACUUAAUGAUACAAUUGAACAAAUAACACAAGAAUUAAAAGAAAUUAUUCAAAAACGUGUUGAACUUGAAAGUACAAAAACAAAACUUGAACAUCAAAUUGCAAAUAAUUAUCGAAAAAAUCGUAAUCAAAUAAAUACAGAUCUUGAACGUAUGCAUAUAGAAAAUGCUCGUAGUGUUAUUGAAGAUCUUGAACGUGAAUAUACUAUUCUAUCGGAUAAAUUAAAUGAACAUGAAAAACAAACUGAUGCUAUUGAUCGAAUAAUUAAUAAUUUAGAUAAAGAAUUAAAAAAUAAACAAAAAGAACUUGAACAAUUAAAGAAUUCAAAUAAAGAUAUUGAUGAACAUAUUAAUGAAGAAAAACGUAAUACAGAUAAAUAUGAAGUUAAACUACGAAAUGCACAAAAUAAGCUUGAUGAAAGUGCAAAACGUCAAAAUGAUAUUGGUGUACCACCAGAUGGUCUUGAUAAAUAUAAGGAUAUUCCAAUUAAACAACUUCAACAUGAUCUUGAUCGUGCUAUAAUUGAAUUAAAAAAAUAUGCUCAUGUAAACAAGAAAGCACUUGAUCAAUUUUUACAAUUUAGUGAUGAACGUGAUAAAUUAACAAAUCGUAAAGCUGAAAUUGAUGAAGCACAUCGUCAUAUCGUUGAUUUAAUUGAAAGUCUUGAUAAUAAACGUUUUGAAACAAUACAAUUUACUUUCAAACAAGUUUCAUUAUAUUUUACUGAAGUAUUUAAACGACUUGUACCCGAAGGUACAGCUCAUUUAGUUAUUAAAAAAGGCGAUAAUGAAGAUUUUGAUAGUGAACAAGUUUCAUUACAAAGUCCUGGUCAACAAAUGUCUGUUGAUGAUUUUACAGGUGUUGGUAUUAAAGUAUCAUUUAAUGGUCGAACAAAUGAAAUGCGUGAUAUGCAACAAUUAUCUGGUGGACAAAAAUCACUUGUUGCAUUAGCAUUAAUAUUUGCUAUACAAAAAUGUGAUCCAGCACCAUUUUAUUUAUUUGAUGAAAUUGAUCAAGCACUUGAUCCACAAUAUCGAAAUGCUGUAGCUGAAAUGAUUAAUGAGUUAAGUCAAAAAGCUCAAUUUAUAAUAACAACAUUUGGUCCAGAUUUACUUAAAUAUGGUGAUAAAUUUUAUGGUAUAACAUAUCGAAAUAAAGUUAGUCAAAUUCGAUCAGUUACACAAGAAGAAGCAUUAGAAUUUGUUGAAGAUAAUGAAAUACAAAAUCAAGUUGCACAACCAACAACAGUUACUACUUCAAGUUAA